AUGGUUCUCUCCGAUCUGGGGCGGCGUAUCAACGCCGCCGUGUCGAACCUCAACCGAGAACCCAACCUGGACGAGAAAGCGUUCGAUGCCAUGAUCAAAGAGAUUUGCUCGGCGCUCCUUGCAGCCGACGUGAACGUUCGACUGGUCAAAAACCUACGUAAAUCGAUACAGAGUACAGUAAACUUCAAGGACUUACCGCCGCAAACGAGUUCGAACAGCAAAAAACGGCUCAUUCAGCAAGCCGUCUUUGACCACCUCGUCCAGCUCGUGGACCCGCAUGCCGAGCCUUACAAGCCGAAAAAAGGGAAAUCCAAUGUUAUCAUGUUUGUUGGAUUACAAGGUGCUGGAAAGACCACCACGUGUACAAAGUUGGCGAGAUACUACGCCCAACGAGGAUUCAAAGCAUGUUUAGUCUGUGCGGACACCUUCCGAGCCGGUGCUUAUGACCAGCUGAAACAGAACGCAACCAAGGCCAAGAUACCCUAUUAUGGGUCGUUGACUCAAACAGACCCUGCAGUUGUCGCUGCUGAGGGUGUGGCGCGGUUCAAGAAAGAGAAGUUUGAGAUCAUUAUCGUUGAUACCUCUGGUCGGCACAAACAAGAGGCAGAUUUGUUCGAGGAAAUGAUACAAGUGCAGAAGGCCAUCAAGCCGGACCAGACCAUCAUGGUUCUUGAUGGGACCAUCGGCCAAGCAGCAGAAGCGCAAUCGUCCGCCUUCAAGGAGGCCGCGGAUUUCGGUGCCAUAAUCAUCACCAAGACUGAUGGAGGAGCCGCUGGAGGUGGUGCCAUAUCAGCUGUGGCAGCCACCCAUACACCAAUUAUUUUCCUGGGUACUGGAGAGCACAUGAUGGACCUUGAAAGAUUUGCACCUAAACCAUUCAUCUCAAAGCUCCUUGGCUAUGGUGACAUGUCCGGGUUGAUCGAACAGAUCCAGUCAAUCACACGAGAGUCGGCUGGAAUGAAGGAAACGCAGAAGCAUCUGGCUGAGGGUAUUUUUACCCUGCGAGAUAUGAAAGAACAAAUCACCAACAUCAUGAAGAUGGGACCACUUUCUCGAGUGGCUGGCAUGAUACCGGGGCUUGGAAGCAUGAUGCAAGGUAUGAGCGAUGAAGAUGGAACCGAAAAGCUGAAGCGAAUGAUCUAUAUCUACGACAGCAUGACUGCCAAGGAGCUGGACUCGGAUGGCAAAAUUCUAAUUUCUCAACCGUCCCGAAUGGUGCGGAUUGCGUGCGGCUCUGGGACCAGUGUACGUGAUGUGGAGGAGCUUCUCACCCAACAUAAAGUGAUGGCUUCGUUGGCCAAGAAUAUGGGCGCCCAGAAGAAGAACAUGCAAAGAGCACAGUCGAUGAUGCAGGGCGGCAACAAAGCUCAACAAAUGGCCGCUAUGCAGAAAAGGAUGGCCAGUAUGGGCCAGGGACGAGGAGGUUUCCCUGGUGGAGGUGAUAUGGGCAAGAUGAUGCAGCUCCUGCAGGGCAUGGGCGGCGGCGGCGGGGGUGGCAUGGGCGGAAUGGAUUUGAAUGCCAUGAUGCAGCAGUUUGGUAUGGGCGGAGGCGGCGCAGGUGGCAGAGGCCGCGGGAGAUGA